CAAAAGCUUUUGUCUUGCUGACAUUUGUGUUUGAUUUUUCUGUUUUAUUUACAUCUUAAACUUAUCUCAAUUUGUUAUCGUCAUGCCCUUUGUACCGAAUUAACGUUUUACUGUUACAAUCUACACUGUAUAGCUUUAAAGUGUUUUAGAAUAUUAAUAUCAACAUGUCGCUCAAUAAAUUAGUUGGAAGUGAUUGUGGUGGGAACAAUUCCCUUGUUAAAUUAUCGAACAUUGUCAGUCGGGAUGUUGCUAUUUCGCAACCAAUAUCACAAUCUGAUAGAUUGGUGAAUGAAUUCCUAGCACAAAAUUCUCAAGUACCACAAACAUUUAAUAUGAAUUCACUACUCAACAAUGUACCUGAAAUUGAGGCUACCAAACAACAUGCUAUACCUCAUCAUACAACAAAUCAAAUGCAUACAAUCAGCUCCCAUAUUCAUUCGCCUUGGUUACCAGGGCCGUCAUCUUCUUACAUGCCUCCAACAGGUGUAUUGCGUACAUUCCAGGCUCCACUUCCAUCUGUAUCAAGACAGCAAAUGUUACCAAAUGUUAGUAUUCAAUACAUGGAUGAAUCUGAAUUAAAAAAUGCUGAUGACAGUGAUGUGCGAGCGAAAGCUCAGGAAUAUGUUGAAACAGUUGAUGAUGAACAAGCGUAUAAUCAAUUUAUGUCAUUUAUGAAGCGCAUUAGUGCUGGGGAGUUAAAUCUUGGGGAAUCUGAACAAGAUCAAAGAGCAAUGGGUAAAGACAAAAUAAUUGAUGAAAUGGCAGAGAAAUAUAAAGAUGAAUGGGCUAAAUUAAGUGAUAUGACUGGUGAUUGGAAGUUAUCAAACAGUGAUGGAAUUACAGAAGAAUAUACAUUUACAGAUGGAAAUGUCAUGUUAGAAAACAAAAGUGCUUUCGAACUUGGGAAAGAAAAAUUAAAAAUGGGAGAUAUACCUGGAGCUGUGCUUUGCUUUGAAGCUGCUGUGCAGCAACAACCUGAUUCUGCUGAAGCAUGGUUUUACUUGGGAACUACACAAGCAGAGAAUGAACAAGAUCCCUUGGCCAUCACAGCAUUAAAAAAAUCCCUUUCAAUUGAUCCAAGGCAAUUAGAAGCUUAUAUCACUCUAGCAGCAGCCUACACUAAUGAAGACAUGCCUAAAUUUGCAUUUAUUGCUUUAUCUAACUGGUUGAAUGCAAGUCCUAAAUACAGUGACCUUUUGCCCAGAGAUGUAGAAAUUCAGAAUUUAGACUUAAAAGAAUUAGAAAAUCAUGUGAAAUCAUUGUAUUUAAGAGCAGCACAGAUGAACCCAUCAGAGAUAGAUCCUGAUGUUCAAAAUGCACUUGGGGUUAUUUUCAAUAUUAGUCAAGAAUAUGAUAAAGCAGUAGAUUGUUUUCAAACUGCUCUAAUGGUGUCAAACGAAAAUGCAAAGUUAUGGAACAGACUUGGUGCCACUCUGGCUAACAGUAACAGAUCAGAAGAAGCAGUAAAUGCAUAUCAUGAAGCUCUUAAUUUAGAGCCAGGGUUUAUAAGAGCUAGAUAUAAUGUUGGUGUAACUUGUAUGAAUUUAGGUGCACAUAAACAAGCUGCUGAACAUUUCCUAGUUGCUCUAAACCAACAAAAUAAAGCUAAAAACUUGCACCAAGACACAUUAGCAUCUAAUAUUGGAUCUUCAACUAUCUGGUCAACAUUAAGAAUGGUUUGUUCUUUCAUGGGUAAUCAUGAAGCGGCAAGUUUAGUUGAUGACAGAAAAUUAGAUGAGCUCAAUAAACACUUUGAAUUGGAUGCUUAAAGUGGUAAUGCUAAAUUUUUUUUCAUUUGUUUCUUGGGGAAAAACACAGUUUUAAGAAUUUAUGAGACAGGAAAGGGUUUGUAUAAUAAUUGUUAU